AUGUGUAGAUUGAAGCAAAAGAAGAAAACACCCUCUGGAAGACACGUUCGGCAACUGCAAGACAACGUAUCGAGCUCGACGGAUUCGGAUGACGAAGAACAAUGCGAAUAUGUCGAUAUUGCGAAAGUAGAUAAGAAUGGCUGCAAGGAUUCGGACAAAAUAAUGGUAAAAUUGAAAAUACGAGGCAAAGAACGUCGAUUGAGAAUAUUGAACAUCCAAGUGGAUACUGGAGCUAGGGUGAAUGUGCUGAGCUACCAAGAUUUCAAUCGUCUCGAAACUGGAAGUCAGCUGUAUGAUACGAAUGUAAAACUGCGAUGCUAUUCGGGAAAUAUAAUUAUUCCGAAGGGUAAAGUGGAUCUCGAUGUGCAACUGGAGGACCGAAUCAUAAGACUGCCAUUCAUAGUGGUGAAAGAGAAACGACCCCCACUGUUGUCAUCGAAAGCUGCAAUCGAUCUAGGAAUCAUCAAGAUCCAGGACAUCUACAAUGUCAGCAUUCUGAAAAUAGAAUGUGAACACAUAUUAAGUACGUACGCGGAUCAGUGCAGCAGAAACCGCGUCGGAUUCCAUUGGCCGGAGCUGAAAAUGAAAAUUGGAGAACUGGAACGAAAAAAGAUCAUCGAACCAGUAAACAGACACAUGGAGUGGAUAAGCAAUUUGGUGUUGGUGAAAAGAGGAAAUAAGCUUCGACUGUGUCUGGAUCCUUCAGAACUAAAUCAAGCGAUUAGACGCGCGAAUCAUCAGAUUCCGACAGUGGAGGAAAUGCUGCCUUAUUUUGCGAAGGCUAAAGUUCUCUCGGUGUUAGAUGCCAAGAAUGGAUUUUGGCAGUUGAGAUUAGACGAAAAGAGCGCGGAUCUGACAGCUUUUUCGACACCAAUGGGAGUAUACAGAUGGAAAAGAAUGCCAUUCGGAGUAUCAUGUGCGCCGGAAAUAUACCAGAAGGCGCAGCAGCAGCUAAUAUCGGGACUCAAAGGUAUCAGGUGCCUUGCGGAUGACGUUGUCGUGUAUGGAUGUGGCGAUACUGUUGAACAAGCCAUGUUAGACCAUAAUCGAAAUCUAGAAGCAACAUUUCAGCGAUUUAGAGAACGAGGAUUGAAAAUAAAUCGUGAUAAAAUGAAGAUAGCACUGUCUUCCGUACCGUUUUUUGGUCACAUGCUGACGGAUAACGGAGUGAAACCAGACCCUGCGAAGAUUUCAGCUGUGCUGAAUAUAGCAACUCCAAAAAAUAAGAAGGAGUUAAUGACGUUCCUGGGAUUAAGCACAUAUUUGGGAAAGUUUCUACCGAGGCUUAUUGCCGAAGCUACGAAAACGGAUCAGACACUUGCCAAACUUGUACACAUCCUGAUGAACGGAUGGUCCGAUUGGAAGGAGGAAUUGGACGAUGAUGUACUGUGGUAUAAUGCUAUCAAAAGCGAGCUUUCAGUACAACAAGGACUGAUCUUCAAAUCAGACCGUAUAUUGAUACCAAGAAGCCUUCGACAGCAGUUUAUCGAAAAACUUCAUACAGCACACUUGGGAGUAGAUUACACCAUUCGGGCGGCACGUGAAUCGAUGUAUUGGCCAGGAAUGGCAGAGCAUAUUACGAACUUUGUACGGAAUUGUGAAGUAUACAUGACGUUAAGCGCUAGUCAAGCAAGAGUACCUAUGAGUACACAUCAGAUAACUGAUUUUCCUUUUCAACGUGUAAAUAUCGAUCUCGGCGAAGUGAAGAAGGACGGAAAAAAGUUUCACAUGAUGGUCAUGGCGGAUAGUUUUUCUGAUUUCAUUGAAGUAGAUUUCCUGAACGAUACAAAAACACCAACGAUCAUCCAAACUUGCAAGCGUCAUUUUGCUAGGCAUGGAGUACCCGAGAUUAUCGUUACGGACAAUGGUCCACAGUUUACUAAUGAGGAAUGCAACACAAUCAAGGAAACGGUAAAAAAAUUUAACAGCGCAAAACCGCAGCGAGAUGACCAAAAGAAACUACAGUACAUCUUGACAACUAGGGACGAGGAUACAGUCGCAUCGCAACCCGAUGCUAGCAGAAGAGGAUAUCAGCAAACGUUCACUGCGGUGGCGGUGCUCACCGGUUCGCCGGAAAAAGCGCGCGCUUUUUCGGCAUCACGCCCCUUUCUGGAUCGGCGGAAGCCGUUCGAAAGGCAUAAGCUGUGUGAUAGUGACUAG